GGCGAUGUUUUGAAAACCCUACCACCUCUACGGUCCGGUCCCUGCUGCAGCAAUAUGCGAAAAUUAAAUUCUGUCGUCUAGAUGCCAACUCUAAAAUGCGCUAGGCAGCUGGCAAGAACCCCAAACGUCCAGGCGGUGUGAUUAAUUUUUUUUUCGGCCCGUGGUGGAGUUGCGAAAGAGCUGGAGCUGCGGAGAGUGGAGUAGUUGGCCGUGUGGAGUGGAAAGUAAAAGUGGCGGUGCCUCUGUCUCUAUACGUGUGUCCGUGUGUGUUUCCGUGUUUCCCUCAGUGUGUGUGUGUGUGUGCGGUGGGUGUGUGUGUGUGUGCGCGCGAAAAGAAGUUGCAGUUUCUGUAACAGAGUUACAAAAAAAAAAAAAAAAAAAAAAAACAACUGCAACGAGAGCGGUAGCGGGGCAAGUGGGCCUGCAACAAAAGAUAUUAUUUAAGUGUUUAUUACAAAAGCAAUGAGCAGCAUCGUUGGCGAAAAUCUACCCGCCCCACCGCCGCCUGCCGCCACAGCCGCUAGCAUGGGAUCAGUGGGCAGUGGUGGUGGCGGUGGUACAACAACUACCGCCGCCAAUGGACCCCGUGUCGUUACCAUCUCCAAAACGGAAACGGGCUUCGGCUUCAAUGUUCGCGGUCAGGUGUCCGAGGGCGGCCAGUUGCGGUCCAUCAAUGGCGAGCUAUACGCACCGCUGCAGCACGUGAGCGCCGUGCUGGAGAACGGGGCGGCGGAGAAGGCCGGCAUCAAGAAGGGUGAUCGUAUCCUGGAAGUGAACGGCGUUAGCGUGGAGGGAGCUACACACAAACAGGUCGUGGAUCUAAUCAAAUCUGGAGGAGAUUGCCUUACCCUGACGGUGAUAUCGGUGACACAACAGGAGGCUGAUCGACUGGAACCACAAGAGGAUCAGAGUGGUUACUCCUACAUAGACUACUCCGACAAGCGAUCCCUGCCGAUUAGUAUACCAGACUAUGGUAUUGUGAAUCGGAAUGGAGAACGCUACAUUGUCUUCAACAUCCAUAUGGCCGGUAGGCAGCUGUGCUCGCGUCGCUAUCGGGAGUUCGCCAACCUGCACUCACUGCUCCGCAAGGAAUUCUCCGGCUUUAGCUUCCCCAAGCUGCCCGGCAAGUGGCCAUUUCAGCUUAGUGAACAGCAGCUGGACACUCGGCGUCGCGGUCUGGAACAGUAUCUGGAGAAGGUGUGCGCCGUUCGGGUGAUUGCCGAGAGCGAUGCUGUACAGGAUUUUCUAACCGAUACCGAGGACGAUAUAUCGGCAUCGCCGGUGGAUAUUAAGGUUAUGCUGCCGGACCAUGAGGUGAGCACCGUUUCGGUGAAGAAAUCCUCCAACGCCCAGGUGGUGUGGGAGAUUCUGGUGCAGCGCGCCAAUCUCACCGCCUAUACGCAGCAAUACUUCUACCUGUUCGAGAUCGUUGAAUAUAAUUUCGAGCGGAAAUUGCAACCGCACGAGAUACCCCAUCAACUGUAUGUACAGAACUACAGUACCGCCUCCUCCACCUGCCUAUGCGUCCGACGAUGGCUCUUCUCCGUUUCCAAGGAGCUAACGCUGCCGGAGGGCGAACAAGCCGGUCGCUUUAUAUUCUAUCAGGCUGUCGAUGAAGUGAAUCGUGGAAAUAUCCGUGCCGACGGCCGUCUCUACGAGCUGAAGGCACUCCAGGACGCCAAAAAGGCCGCCGAUUAUUUGGCAUUGGCCCGCACACUGCCCGGCUAUGGGGACGUUGUCUUUCCCCACUGUUCCUGUGAUAGCCGCAAAGAGGGACAUGUUGUGCCAGCUGUGGGCAUGAAGAGCUUUCGGCUGCACGCCUGCCGCGAGGAUGGCUCGCUGGAGGCGCAAAUGGUCGAGCUGACCUGGGAUAGCAUCACACGCUUCGAGAGCGACGAGGAGUCCAUGUCCUUUUGCUUUCAGUACAAUCGUCCAGAUAAGCCAGCACGUUGGGUUAAGGUCUACACGCCAUAUCAUGCAUUCCUUGCGGACUGCUUUGAUCGCAUCGGGGAGGAGCGCAAGUGGGACGAUAGCGGUGACUAGGACAGGCCAUUUGCCAAGGACAGGCCAGGACGAGAGCUGGAGCAGAUUAAAAAGCAACCACCCACAACCACCACCACAACCACU